AUGCCCCCGAAGUUUGACCCCAAUGAGAUCAAGAUCAUCCACCUCCGGGCUACCGGUGGUGAGGUGGGUGCCUCUUCGGCCCUCGCCCCUAAGAUCGGUCCUCUCGGUCUGUCGCCGAAGAAGGUCGGUGAAGAUAUCGCGAAGGCCACUGCCGAUUGGAAGGGUCUCCGGGUGACGGUUCGCCUCACCAUCCAGAACCGUCAGGCUCAAGUGUCGGUCGUGCCGACGGCCUCGGCGCUCAUCAUCCGGGCGCUCAAGGAGCCUCCUCGCGACCGCAAGAAGGAGAAGAACAUUAAGCACAACAAGUCCGUCUCUCUGGACGAGAUCAUCGAGAUUGCGAGGACGAUGCGGUUCAAGUCCUUCUCCAAGGAUCUUAAGGGUGGUGUGAAGGAGAUUCUGGGCACUGCGUUCAGCGUUGGUUGCCAGGUCGAUGGCAAGAGCCCGAAGGCCAUCAGCGACGCGAUUGAGGCGGGCGAAAUCGACAUCCCUGAUGAGUAA